UUUUUUGCCUCACCAUUCAUUUUAUAGUUUGUUUUACUUUAUUUUUGAUUAUGAUGAUAAAACCUGCUAUCUCUCUUAUACUUGUUUUCCUGGUCGUUGGACUGUAUGCUUCAAGUGAUGGGAAUAGCUCUAGCUUUAAUACUACAAUAGACUGCGGCUCUUGUCCAGCUAGCUGUAACUGUGAUGUAGAAGGGUCCAUCCAUUGCACUGAAAAAGGUCUUACUGCAAUUCCUCCUGGACUGAUAUACUGCGAAAGACCUCAUGUGACAAUUCUUAAUGUUAGUUUUAAUUUGAUACAAAAUAUCUCUGUUGAUGAUUUCAAUGGACUGCCAAACCUAGAGAGAUUGUUUCUUUAUGACAAUCUCAUUGAUGAUAUUGAAGACUAUGCAUUUUUUGAUCUAAGCUCAUUGGAAUUACUGUCCCUUGAUGGAAACAGAUUAACUACACUUAAACCUAAUGUCUUUAUGGGAUUGACUGGCUUGAAAUCAUUGCUAUUGUAUUCCAAUUCGAUAUCAAGUCUACCUGUUGGAGUGUUUGAUGAUUUGAAUUCUCUCAUUGUGCUUGCGCUUCAUAAUAAUCGUUUGACUAGCCUGGAUCCUCAAUUGUUUGCAUAUUUACCCAAUCUUCAAAGGCUCUAUCUUUAUGGAAAUAGUAUAAGAGACUUGUCUGACUCUCCCUUUCAGCACCUGAGCAAGCUUACCCUUUUAUAUUUUAGCAGCAAUAAUAUCAUUGAGCUGACUAAUGCUAGUCUAGCUGGUUUGAAUGGCCUACGAACUCUUGUUCUCAGAACCAAUCAGAUAAGGACCUUGUCUCAUGAUGUUUUCAUUCACACUCCUUCCCUCACUUCAUUGUAUUUAGACAGCAAUCGAAUCAGAAGGAUUUCAAGUGAUGUGUUCUCACCAUUGACUCGAUUACAGAGACUAGUGCUGUCAAAUAAUUUAAUUGAAGUGGUUGAAGAUCGUGCAUUCUCUGAGCUACGGUCACUUGUAUUCCUUUAUCUUCGGACUAAUCGGUUGCAAAUUAUCACAGAGAAAACUUUUCAUGGGCUUUUUAAUAUGCAACAACUGAUUAUGUAUGAUAAUUUGAUUACAUCAAUACCGGGAAAUGCUUUUAGACAAGCAGUAAACUUGAGAAGAUUGGCACUGGAGGAGGAUCAUUCUUCAUUCUGUACUAAUAAAAGUGUUGAUAAUUGUGGCAACACUGACACUGAAGGAUUGCUAGUAUUAAAGAACAUUGCAGCUGCUGAUCAAGGAAUAUACAUGUGCACAGCUACACUUGAUAAUGUCACUAGCUCUGUGAUUCGACAAAUUCAAAUUGGAGAGCCUCCUGUGAUUGAGAAGAGUCCUACUAGUGUGGUUGCUCGUGAUCCUCCAUCUUAUAUUGUUUUUGAAGCAGCAGCAAGAGGGAACCCACCACCAGUACUGAAAUGGUAUCACAACUCAAAUGAAAUUGACUUCAAAAAUACCACAAAGAUGUAUUUGACCAGUACUGGGUCAUUGAUCAUAUUAGGUCCUCAGUUUGAGGAUAAUGGUCAAUAUAAAGUAGUGGCAGACAAUGGAGCUGGAUCAGUAGAAGCAGCUGCCAGUCUUACAAUAUACUUCAGGUCAGCCUGCAAUAGAGGGUCUGGUUGCUCUAAUGAUGGACAGUGUCUCCCAGUACAUUACUGCAGGUGUCCUGAUGGAUAUUCUGGUGAUGGAUGUGAGGAAAGUCAGGAAACACCUCCUUCUACAACCCCUACUACACCUCUUCCUAGUUCUGGUGAUUAUUAUUCAGGUGACUAUUAUUACUAUUCUGGUGACUAUUACUAUUCUGGUGAUAAUGAUGAUGAUUAUAAAAGAAAGAAAAGAGGUGUUGCUUAUUCACAGUAUGAUUAUGAUUUUAUUGACACAUCAGUAUCAUCAAGUCAUAAGAAAACUUUGGGCAAACAACGAAGAAACAAAAAUAAAUUUAAAAAGACUUAGAAACUUGAUAAAGCAAAAUUUGCAAUAAAAAUAAAGGACAAUAUGACUUCAGCAUACUAGAUACAUUGUUUGAUUAAUUUUUAUUAAAAAAAUAAUUCAUUUCUAAAACUA